AUGCUUUUUGCUCGCUCUUUCCUUCAAGGACUCUUCGCCCUCGCCUUCUUGGCCCUUCCUUCUCUUGCCGACCAGUCUCUUCCUUCCACUUCUUCUUCUACUUCUUCUUCUUCUUCUGCCACCGCCCCUGCUACCACCACCGUCUACCUCGUCCGCACCGUCGACUCUCAAAACAGCCCUCUCUCUCCAACCCCCGUCACCGUCUACAAUGUCUUGAAGCCCGACACCGUCACCGUCACUGCCUCUCCCACCGCACAGGCUAAACGCUCCGUCAACUUCGACAACUCCCUCAACACUACCAUCGCUUCUCCCUCUGCUUCCGUCUCUACUCCCAUUUACUCUGCCGUCGUUCACAUUCCCUCUGCCGGUGCCAAUCCUCCUUUUGCUACUUCCAAUCCUCUUCUCAACUCUACCGUCUCCCAAGACGCUGUCACCAUCGGUUCUUCUUCUGCCGUCUCUUUUACCGCUUAA